AACAUUCACACUCCUACCAGUGAACGGAGAGGGAUAAAUUAUCAGCUGCUCCCUGCGUUAUACUCAAAGGAAUAUUUAGACUACAGCAGAAGGCAGGCAGCGGCUGCAAUAGGACAUCAUGGCAGAUAACGAGGAUCCCAAAAAGAAGAAGGAGCACAGAGGAACGAGCAAAGAGGUGUGCGGCUACCCGCUCAGCAUUUUCUUCAUUGUUGUGAAUGAGUUCUGCGAGAGGUUCUCCUACUAUGGAAUGAGAGCUGUGCUGGUUCUCUACUUUAAGUACUUCUUACGCUGGGAUGAUGACUUGGCCACCUCCAUCUACCACACCUUUGUGGCUCUCUGCUACCUGACCCCCAUCCUCGGGGCCAUUGUGGCUGACUCCUGGCUAGGAAAGUUUAAGACCAUCAUCUACUUGUCCAUCGUCUAUGCGAUUGGCCAGGUUGCCAUGGCAGUCAGCGCGAUCCAUGACAUCACUGACACCGACAGAGACGGGACGCCAAACAACAUGACCUUUCACGUUGUGUUGUCCAUGGUGGGUCUCUUCCUCAUCGCUCUGGGAACCGGCGGCAUCAAACCAUGCGUGGCUGCCUUUGGAGGAGACCAGUUUAGUGAUCACCAGGAAAGGCAAAGGAGGACUUUCUUCUCUGUGUUCUACCUGUGCAUCAACGGUGGGAGUCUCCUGUCGACUAUAAUCACACCGGUCCUCAGAGCUCAGGACUGUGGCAUUUACAGUAAGCAGAAGUGUUAUUCUCUGGCCUUCGGUGUCCCUGCAGCACUAAUGGUGGUUGCUCUCGUGGUGUUUAUCGUUGGGAGUGGUAUGUACUACAAAGCUGAACCACAGGGGAACAUCAUGCUGGAUGUGUGUAAAUGUAUUGGGUUUGCGGUCAAAAACCGCUACAGGCACAGAAGCAAACAGCACCCAAAGAGGCAGCACUGGAUGGACUGGGCAGAGGAAAAAUAUGAUAAACUCCUCAUUGCUCAAAUCAAAAUGGUGCUGAAAGUACUGUUUUUGUACAUCCCUCUGCCAAUGUUCUGGACUCUAUUUGACCAAAAGGGUUCAAGGUGGACUCUGCAAGCCACCAAAAUGGAUGGAAACUUUGGCCUCCUUGUCAUACAGCCUGAUCAGAUGCAGACUGUCAACCCUAUCCUGAUCCUGACUCUGGUGCCUAUUAUGGACAGCGUGAUUUACCCUCUGAUCAAAAAAUGUGGCCUGAACUUCACACCUCUGAAAAGAAUGACUGUGGGGAUGCUUAUGGCAGCCAUAGCCUUUGUCUGCGCUGCUUUGGUCCAGAUUCAAAUUGAUAACACGCUGCCCGUCUUCCCAACCGCCUCCCAGAGUCAGUUGAAAUUGCUUAACAUGGGCAAUAGUGCAGUUACAGUCAAGCUCCCUGAGAACGAGCCACUGAGUCUUUCUGCAGCUCAGGCCAGCGAUAAAUUCUUUACAUUUGAAGCAGAGGAAAUCAGUGCUUCAAUAGGCAACCCUGAAGUGACAAAAACUAUUUUUUUGACAAAGGGAAAACGUCACACGCUUCUUAUUCCCUCACCCGUCAAUGGCAAUUGGUUGCUGACUGAUGAUUUGAUUAGCAAACCACAAGAAGGGAAGAACGCAAUCCGAUUCGUAAAUGGAAUGAAUGCAGAGGUGAACGUAUCCAUUCAUGGAGCUGAAAGUUCAGUAAUUGAGCCGUUUUAUUAUUCCAACUACUCCGAGGUGACCAACGGAAAGGCCACAUUCACCCUGCAGAGAGGCUCGCAGUCGUGCGAAUUCAACUGGGACUUUGGCUUCGGGAGUUCGUACACUUUCUUCAUCCCCAGCACUUUAACCUUUGGACCAAAUUGUCAGGAGGCUAUUACUGCAGCAGAAGACAUAGAACCCAACUCGGUUCACAUGGCCCUCCAGAUCCCGCAGUAUUUCUUCAUAACUGCUGGGGAAGUGAUGUUUUCCGUUACUGGUCUUGAGUUCUCUUACUCACAGGCACCUAGUAAUAUGAAAGCGGUGCUGCAGGCAGGUUGGCUGUUUACAGUCGCUAUAGGCAACUUUAUCGUCCUGAUUGUUGCUGAACUUGCAAAGCUCCCCAAACAGUGGGCAGAGUAUGUCCUCUUCGCCUCUCUCUUGGUCGCAGUGUGCUUCAUCUUCUCCAUUAUGGCAUAUUUCUACACCUACAUCGACCCAGCAGAAAUUGAGGCCCAGUUCAAGAAGCAGGUUGAUGACGAAGACGAUGAUGAUAAAAAGAAGCGUCAGUUGACAGACAUCGAGAUGGUCAAGAGAGCUUCAGUUGGAAGUCAUGAUGAAUGUGAUAAUGCCCGGCAUACCAAAAUGUAAUCAGUAUAAAAAAAAAUAUGCAAAGUCGAUACACAUGAUGCACUUACAUCCAAAGUUUGUCCAGCCGAGAAACUACUAGGAAGAAUGUGUGUGUGUGUGUCUGUGUGCUCGCGUGUGUGUGUUAAAUGUGUAAUGGCAAAAUGACGUUAUGUUGAAUUUAACAAAUGAAGCUAAUGUUACCAAUUGUAUUGUAAGGAAUCCUCUUAUUUUCUCACGUUUGUACAUCACCGGAUGUAAUUGUUCUUUUAUAUUUAUGUAUAAGUUAUGUUCAAGUGUGCAAUAAAAGAUUAUUUCAUUCUUCA